GGGGAUCGGGCGGCGAGCGGGGCUUUGGGUGGAGAUUAAAGCGGCUCCGUGCACGGCCAGGGGAUUUGCAGGAGCAGAGCGGCUGGGCAGGAGGAGCUGCGAGCGCCCGGUGCCCGUGAGUGACGCCAGGAGCUGCACAGCCAGCGGGGUCAGGGCUGGCUGUCCCUGCGUGUCCUGGGCCGUCUGAAAGGGCCCGGCCUGGGGUAAAACUGGGCUUGGCACGGGUCACCCAGAGCAGCUGUGGCUGCCCCCGGAUCCCUGGCAGUGCCCAAGGCCAGGCUGGACAGGGCUGGGAACACCCUGGGAGGUGUCCCUGUCCAUGACGGGGUGGCACUGGAUGGGCUUUGAGGUCCCUCCCAACCCAAACCAUUCCAGCAUUCCAUGAUAACCUGGUGGAGUUCAGGCUCACCUCUGUGCCCGCACAUCACAGCAGCAGCCACCCAGGUGUGGCCUUUGUCACCUUUACAUCCACCGUGGUGACAGUCCCAGUUGGGUUGGAGCACCUCAGUUUUGUGUCGUGUUGGGAGCAAAACAAACUCUGCUGCAAAAGGUCUGAGAGCCUCAACUCAAACCCCCAAGCAGCAAUGCCACAUGAGGAGUUUGAGGUGAUAAUUCAUGCUGAGCUUGUGCUGUGCAGGUGGCAGAGAUGGCCCAGCAGCCCCCAGCCUCUCCCUCUGGGAAGGCAGAGUGGUUUAAAAUGACUCCCUGGGAGUUGGCUGAUGUGAGCAGGAGAGGUAAAAUGGGAGCGCUGCGAAGGAGGAAUUUGGAGAGCGCCACGAGCCUUCUGGCCAAGGCUCAUUUUUGCAUCUUGCUGUCAAGAAUGUGUGGGGUGAAGGAGCUGGUCCUGGACAACUGUCGCUCAGAGGAUGGCAAGGUGGUCGGCCUCUCCUCAGACUUUGAGAACCUGGAGUUCCUCAGCAUGAUCAACAUCAACCUGCUGUCUGUGUCCAACCUCCCCAAACUCAACAAGCUCCGGAAGCUGGAGCUGAGUGAUAAUAGGAUUUCUGGUGGCCUUGAAGUUCUAGCAGAGAAAACUCCCAACCUGACACACUUGAACCUAAGUGGCAACAAGAUCAAAGACAUCAAUACCCUGGAGCCCUUGAAAAAGUUGCCAAACCUCCACAGUCUGGACCUGUUCAACUGCGAGGUGACGAUGCUCAUCAACUACCGGGAGAGCGUGUUCGCCCUCCUGCCCCAGCUCACCUACCUGGAUGGCUUUGAUGCUGACGAGCAGGAAGCCCCUGACUCAGACCCUGAAGCAGAUGGAGAUGCACUGGAAGAUGAUUAUGAGAAUGGGGAAGAAGGUGAGGAAGAGGAAGAUGAUGAGGAGGAAGAUGAUUUGGAUGAAGAAGUCAUUGAUGACGAGGAAGAUGAAGACGAUGAUCUGGAAGGUGAAGAGGAGGAGGAUGGAGUAGAUGAUGAGGAGGAAGAUGAGGAGGAGGAUGGUGAGGAGGAUGAAGAAGAUGAAGCUGAGGAGGACCACCCGUGUGGGGAGAAGAGAAAACGAAGUCUAGAGGAUGAAGGAGAGGAAGAUGCAGAGGACGAAGAGGAUGAUGAGGAUGACUGAUCCCAGCGAGCCAAUCAGUUUUACAGACUCUGACUGUGCUUGUCUUAACCUCCCCGUUGUGUCUGUGUGAGACUGUAAAUCCCUGUCUCCCACUCCUCCUCCUCCCCCUUUGUAUGGCUGCAGCGUCCACAAUAUAUUUUUUUAAGAUUUAGAAUACUGUAGGCAUUCAGGGGAAUCUUCCAUACAAGGCUCACUUUUUUUCUCACAAGUAUCUCAUGACCAAAGGCUUUUCUCCGUUCGGUGGUUUGUGCAGCAGCUUAAAAAAAAAAAAAAAAAAAAAAAAAAAAAAAAAAAGCAAAAAAAUUAACAAAAAAAAAGAGGGGAAAAAAAAUCUCCUCCUUAGGGUAUCUGUGUGUCCGAAGUCAGCUGUGCCACACUGGACCCAGAGCUCCAGCUGUCACCCUGCCAGCACAGAAGGCCUUUGCCACCCUCGUGCCCUCAGCCCAGGGCUCUGGAGAUGCUUUUUGAGCCACCUCGGGUGCAAAAUCUGGUUCGUCUGCGUGGACUCACAACGAUCCUGAGGGUGUCUCAGAUCUGAAAUCAUGGUGAUGUGAUCUCUGGACGUGCUUGAAGAUGCUUUAGUGCUGGGGAUGGGGGGUGCCUGGGGUUUUGGGGGGAGGGAGGGGCUGCUUGCAUGACCUGGUACCUCUGCCGAUGCACCUUGCAGUAACCCUGCACUUGCUUUCCUAUUUUAUUUUAUAAACUGGAACAUUUUUCCCAGUGGCCACUUAAGAACCAUCCCUUGGGCUAUCCCAGGUGAGGGGGGUUUUUGAGGCUGUGUCUGUGCUGCGGGGAGCCCUGCAGCAGCUUUGGGAAGGGAUAGGGAAUGCAGGUGAGGGGAUACUGCUCCUCCACCCCUCAUUUCACACUGUACAGCCCUGUGCAGCCACCAUCACUGUGAUGCUCCUGCAGACCGUGUUAGCCUGGAAAUUCUCAGGGUCCUUCUGCCAGCCAGUGCCACCUCUGCACGGGCCCCUGGUGCCAGCCUGGCCUGGCCAUCCUCCUCUUCCUCCUCCCGGGAACAGAGCUCCAGCUCCCCCCUUGUGUCCCCGCUGUGGGGGUGGCACCCCGAGCUGGCUGCAGGGAGGACUGGGGGAAGCCAGCCAGGUGCAUGCAGCAUUCCCAACCCCAUUCCCACCUUCCCUGCCAUCCCGGAGGUGUCCAGCCAGCGCAUCCCUUGGGAGAAGGGCCCGGGGAGGGAGGUGGGGGCAGCCCGGGGGUGCAGACAAGCACUGGCACUUUGUGGCAUUCCCGCUGGGGCUCCGUGUGCCCCCGGGGCCGAGCUCCAGCCCUGCCCUCCCCUCCCGGGGGGCGUGGGUGUGUUCAGCAGCACAUCCCCCUUCCCGUCUUGCUUUGCUGGUGUCUCUUGCAUUGUACAGUCGCUGUGACCAUUCGGAGAAGAAGUAAUCCUGUAAAAUGCAAACUGAGUAACUUAUAAAUGUUUAAGGAAUUUUAAAAAAAAGAAAAAAAAAAGUCAGAGCAGCAGUUACUUCUAAUUUUUUUUCCCUGCAUUUUUAGCAGAUUGUAUGGAUUUUAUAUUAGCCUAGUAACUGUCAGGUUUUGAUUGGUCGGACUAGUCCCAGAAAUAAGGAUCUCCAGCCCUUUUGUAUCUUUUGUUACAAAAUUUGGAUAAAACUUUUAAUAAAGACUUCAGUUUUUAAAAA